AUGGACUUCGGUUAUCACGAGAGGCCGUUCUAUAGCUGGAGAGUUGACUCCCCUGAUACCGUUGCGGAGCUCGAGGCCGUCAUGCAACAAUUGAAUCAGACUCCGCGGCACAGGAAACAGACGGUGGCGUUGGGGAUUAUUAGCGAUCAUGCCAUACGGAGCAGAGAGCGGUUCCAUCUUGGUAGAUUUCUGAUGCUUUUCAUACUUCCGGUAGUGGCCAUGUUGAUCCUGUGUAUCUGUUUUGUGACAGACAAGUCCAGUGAGCUGAUGACAAAACAACAGGUGCGAGCUUUAGUUGUGGAUAUAGAGACGCUGAUUGAUAACGUGAGGAGGGAGAGGGCAGCCAUGACCCUUCAUCAGACAGAACAGACAGAGGAAAGUGAGGCAGGCCUUCGUGAAGCCAGUCUCUUAGUGGAUCGACAUAUCAUGACCAAGUCACACUGGUUACAAGAACUUCAGCCGUACGUCCGGAGUUUUCGCAGGGUGUUCGAGGACACAACACUGUCCAUUACUGAUCAACUGUCCGCAUACUCUAGUAUAAUAAACAAAAUGUCGGCGGUCUGGGUGCGGGCAUACCCAGAAAAAAACGAAAUAAAAUUUUGGAAAAGCUUGGUGAGAUAUCUACUGCAACUGAUUUUGAAUUUCCACUGCGUUAUUGAAAAGGAUGCAUUGAAAUCGUUUUCCCAGAUGAAUGAGGAGCCAUCGCCUUUGGAUUCCGUUCUUUUCCACAGUGCGGUUAACAUGUUAGUGGAUAACUGGUUCUCUACUAUAACACAGAAUGCUUCCCCACAAAACUCCAUAAAGGUUGAAGACCUUACCUUCCGUAAGGCUGGAGCUUUGAUUGCUUACAACAUGACUACACGUCUGUCAUGGCCGGACGUGGUGGAACGAUUUGUGAUUCUGCAGCAAAACACUACACAGAGAGCGAAAGAAGACAUGUUGGAAACUAUCACUCAACAGGAAUAUGGCGAUCGAACUGUCGUUACAGGAUACAUUAUUCUGAUUUUCCUUUCGUUGUCGUUCCUACCUUUUCUUGGUUGCUCAAUCAGAAACAUUCUGCUGUCCUACAAUCGGUUCAUCAAGGCUUUGAAUACUCGCAUACAGGAAGUAAAAGCCGAGGAAAAGCGCGCUAAAUCAGUGAUGUGUCAGUUGAUGCCGCCCUCUAUUGUUAGCAGUCUCUCUCAGAGAGCGGAGGUAAAUACCGAGUUUUUCAGCUCGGCCACAAUAAUGUUUGCUGAUAUCCAUGGCAUCUCAUCUCUGAUAUCUAAAUGUUCUCCCAGUGAUGUCAUCACGACAAUGAACUGCUUGUUUACACUUCUUGACAAAAGAAUAGAGAAAUAUGAUACGUAUCGAAUGGAUAUUGUAGGAGAGUCCUACAUGAUUUCCUCAGGAGUGCCUCGUAGAAAUGGCAACAAGCACGUGACGGAGAUAGCUAAUCUGGCCUUGGAUCUUGUGAAUGUAUUCAGUGAUCUUGAGAUAAUAUAUUCCCCGGAGUCCCGAGUGUCCUUCAAGUUGGGUAUUCACACAGCAAAUAAAAUUCAGAUAAGUGCUGUGAGCAAAGCUCUACUAGCGGUAGAAGAUUACUUUAUUCAACCAAGAGGGCUCAUUGAAAUUAAGGGGAAGAGAAAAAUGUUGACCUACUGGCUUAUAGGACGGGACAUUGAGGAUCAUAACAGCGAACUGGAUAUAGACGAACUUCACAAAAGUCGACGUCGAGAAAGUUUCAGCGCUUGGUCAAAUGUCUGGGAUAGUAGACCUAAUAGUCAGCGGACCGGGAGUCGAAUUUCGGUCAAAUUUACCACUCCCAGGGUGUCCGUCGAUGAGAGGCGAAUCAGCACUUUCUCCAGGUUCAACGCACGCAUUUCUGAAAAGAUUCCGACGAUUGAAGACAUAGAGUUUUUACAUGCAAACAAAGCAGGCAGUCCUCUCAUAUUACAAUUGACUGAAGGUAUUCACUAUUGA